GCCGCCACCGGGACUCGUAAAAGGUCCGCGGCCGGUUCCCCGCAUUCUGCCGCCAUGGACGCGCUGCUGUACGUCGGCGGCGCGCUGCUGACGCUGCUGCUGUGGAUCCGAGUCAAGGGCCUGGAUUACGUCAUCGUGCACCAGCGCUGGAUCUUCGUGUGUCUGUUCCUGCUGCCGCUCUCCGUGCUCUUCGACGUGUACUACUAUGUGCGCGCGUGGCUCAUCUUCAAGAUGUGCUCCGCGCCCAAACUGCACGACCAGCGCGUGCGGGACGUCCAGCGACAGGUGCGCGAGUGGAGGAAGGACGGCGCCAAGACCCACAUGUGCACGGGUCGCCCCGGCUGGCUCACCGUGUCGCUCCGGGUGGGGAAGUACAAGAAGACCCACAAGAACAUCAUGAUCAACAUGAUGGACAUCUUGGAGGUGGACACCAAGAGGCAGGUCGUGAGAGUCGAGCCGCUGGCCAACAUGGGUCAGGUGACCGCCCUCCUCACCUCCAUUGGCUGGACGCUGCCGGUGCUGCCCGAGCUGGAUGACCUCACUGUGGGUGGCCUGGUGAUGGGUACGGGCAUCGAGUCGUCCUCCCACAUCUACGGGCUGUUUCAGCACAUCUGCGUGGCGUACGAGCUGGUGCUAGCUGACGGCAGCUUGGUGCGCUGCACUGAGGAGGACAACCCGGACCUGUUCCACGCCGUCCCCUGGUCCUGUGGGACUCUGGGCUUCCUGGUGGCGGCUGAGGUGAAGAUCGUGCCGGCCAAGGCUUGGGUGAAGCUGCGCUACGAGCCGGUCAGAGGGCUGGAGAACAUCUGCCGCCGCUUCGCCGCCGCCUCGGAGGACAAGCAGAACACGUUCGUGGAGGGCCUCCAGUACGGCCGGGACGCCGCCGUGGUGAUGACGGGAACGAUGACGGACCACGCCGAGCCCGACAAGGUCAACAGAAUCGGCCUCCACUUCAAACCCUGGUUCUUCAAACACGUUGAGGGCUACCUGCAAGACGACCGCGUCGGGGUGGAGUACAUCCCUCUGAGGCAGUACUAUCACAGACACACACGCAGCAUCUUCUGGGAGAUCCAGGAUAUUAUUCCCUUCGGCAAUAACCCGGUGUUCCGCUGGCUGCUGGGCUGGAUGGUUCCUCCCAAGAUCUCCCUGCUGAAGCUCACGCAGGGCGAGACCAUCCGCCGCCUCUACGAGCAGCACCACGUGGUGCAGGACAUGCUGGUCCCCAUGAAGGACCUGCAGGCCGCCAUCGCCCGCUUCCACCAGGACGUCCAGGUGUACCCGCUGUGGCUGUGUCCCUUCCUGCUGCCCCCGGGCCGGGGCAUGGUGCACCCCGGGGGGCAGCAGGCGGAGCUGUACGUGGACAUCGGAGCUUACGGGGAACCACGAGUCCAACACUUUGAGGCCAAAGCGUCCACGCGGCAGCUGGAGAAGUUUGUGAGGGACGUGCACGGGUUCCAGAUGCUGUAUGCAGAUGUGUACAUGGACAGAGAGGAGUUCUGGGACAUGUUUGACGGGCGGCUGUACCACAGACUGAGAGACGAGCUCGGCUGUAAGGAGGCCUUCCCCGAGGUGUACGACAAGGUCUGCAAGGCCGCCCGCCACUGACCCCUCGACCCGGGGCCCUGACCUCUGACCCGUUGUGCAGCACAGCGAGUCCUAAACAAACUGAGACUUUGUGCACAUCACAACAAGCUCGUGGGGAUUUUGCUUAGAGGCCUUUCUACGUGCAGCAGACGUGUUGUUCGUCAUGUAUGAAUUUUUCUUUUCUUUUCUUUUCUUUUCACGUGUCAGUCAUUAGACUCAAUUUAUUUUCCUAAUCUGAGCUGUUAGUUUUCAAAACCUACGAGUGCCAAACCUUUUAAAAGCAUCACGUCCUCAUGGUGCACAUUUUAAGAUACUUUUGUAAUAAAUGUACAUGAAGACAAAACUAUUUAUAUUGUAACUGAAAGUCACAAUGCAGGGAAUGAACGAAUGAAUUAGAAAUGGUUUCAUGAAUAUAGAUUCUGAAGCUGCACUGAUGAGGUUCACACCUGUCGAACAGUUUAAAAUGAUUUGGGUUUAUUUGUUAUUGUUUGAUCUGGAAGGAUCGUAGUCAUUGAUUGGAAGAUUACAGAAUGUAUCGAUACGUCGUUGAGCCUUUUUCACACGUUAAUAAAAUGAACAAUUGUU